AUGAAGGUCAUACUUUCAGGCGCAACAGGCUUCAUCGGCGGCAAUGUCCUCAAGCGCCUCCUCGCCGUACCAUCGAUCACGCUCAUCGUUGCCCUAUCAAGACGGCCUCUGCAGACAUCCGACCCCAAGCUGAAGGUCGUUAUCCACAAAGACUUUCUCAAGUACGAUGAUGAGACUCUAGCCCAGCUUCAGGGCGCACAAGCUUGUAUAUGGUGUUUGGGCAAAGCAACGAGCGGGAAAGAAGUCCACAUGGACUAUACAAUGGCGGCAGCAAAUGCGUUCGAAGACAAGCUGUUGGGACACUUGGGAGGCGGCAGGAAGUUGAAAUUUGUAUAUCUCAGCGGUGCUCUGGCAGAGAAAGACCAGGACAAGACAGUAUGGCUGUUGGGAGGUGCGAGAAAGCUGAGGGGCGAAGUCGAGAACAAAGUCCUUGCCAUCCAGACUCAACACCCAGAUCACUGGCAGUCUUUCGUCGCCAGGCCGGCCUAUGUGACGGUCGGGGAGCCGAUCUUGCGAUUCGUGAUGCCGGGCAGCUACAUCCCAGUUGAAGAGCUCGCAGCUGCGUUGGUUGAUACGGCUGUGAACGGAUCCGAGACGGAGAGGCUGGAGAAUGUUGACUUGAGACGACGAGGACGAGCAGCACUCGCGACCAAGUCUUGA